CUAUAGGCUGAUAAAGUUUAUAGCUAGUUCUUAAAGAGCUAAACAAACGAGAACGUGAGGCAUUUUAAACUGGGAACUGGUUGCGAACAGCACUGGAUCUCAUUCGUGGUGUUUGUCAUACGUUUCGUGAACCUGAAUUUCGAUAGACGCAUUUGUUACCGUUCCAGUCAAAUCAAUAUCUUUUACAAACGAAUAAUAAUACUUGUAAAACGAAGAUAAUUUAUAGAAAAUGAUGACACGAACUUUAAUCAAAGUUAUGGCGAUUGUCGUCUGCAUUCGCCCUGAACACGUCUCGGCCCAGCACAUUUCAGACAGCAAUGAUGAUCAAACUGACGAUUUUCAAAUGGGAGAGCCCCUCACUGAAGAAGAAUUCAAUAGUAAUAUUUUCAACAAAGUUAUUGAUGGUGAAGGUUUAGAAUAUGAAACAGUAGAAUCUAUUGCAUGGGAUAAACAAGAUCCCGAACUCUUUGGUGGUGAUAUUGUGCCAACGGGGCGUAAACAUGGUGUCUUAACUUCCAGGGAACGUUGGCCGAAUGCGAAAAUUCCUUACGUGAUCUCAUCCAGUUACACACCACGACAGCGUGAAAUAAUUGCUUCAGCCAUCAAUGCUUAUCAUAACAACACGUGUAUUCGUUUCAUCCGUCGAACCACCGAGAAGAAUUACGUCAGAAUCACAAAAACUGGACAAGGUUGCUGGAGUGAUGUGGGCAAGAUAGGACAAAGGCAAACUGUGAGUUUGGACGACCGGUGCAUUUUAAGAAGCAUACCAGGACUUAUCGUUCACGAGUUGAUGCACACGCUGGGAUUCUAUCACGAACAUCAGCGGCCAGAUCGUGACAAUUACGUGUUCAUCAAUUUGGAAAACGUUGAACCGAAAAACAGAGGCUACUUUAAAAAAAUGAACAUGUGGGACUUGCUAACCGUGAGAUAUUCUUAUGAUUACGGCUCUGUUAUGCAUUACCCUUCGAAUGCCUUUGCCAAAGAUCCUACAAUUCGAGUUAUUACACGGCUACAAGGACCACCAUUUAUAGCAAAUCGGGAAGGAUUUAGCCCAACGGAUAUUGUGAAAUUGAACAGCGUGUACUGCAAUUCACCGAACUAAUCGUCUGCUAUGGCAGAUCAUUCUUCACUUGUCGGAGUUUGGGUAACGUAAAUUGAAUUCGUUAAGACAUUAAAGUCUUUACUUUUAUCAUUAAAAGUUAUAUCUGUUCUGUUUUCGAAAUGUUACAAAUACCUAUCCCUAUCGUUUUCUGUUCUGACCUUGUAAAUACCUUUUCGAUGACCAAAAUGUGGGGGUAUGGUAAGAAAUUACGUAAAAAAGGUCGUUGUUUUCGAUCUCUUUCUCCUUCCGCCAACGAUUGGUUCCCUGUUACGUCAUUGACCUAGGGCUUAUAUGGGUAAGAAUUUUUCACCUUUGAUCAGUCUUCAAGGUUGUGCUAUCUGAGACUGUUGAACUUUUAGCCCUGUAAUGACGGUUUCAUUUUAGUUAUGGGUUUGUAUUGACUCGUCUAUUUCGAACAAUUUUAGCAGCUAUUUUUAGAUUGUUUGGUGUUAUACAAAAGAAACUGUAUUCUCUUCUACCAGUAUGUUGAUUAUAGUGCUUCUUUUAAAGUUCAAUGAUGGUCUACUGCUUAAAACAUUAGCCUAUUUUCCUUCUAAAUAAAUGUUGCUAUUUAUUCUAAUCCUAAUUCGCAAUGAGUUACAUACGAUAGAAGGAAUCUAAAAAUAGGUGUCCUUGUUACAAUGAAGAACCAUGUACAAUAGCUAUAUAUGUCAU